UCCGCAAGACAACAACAUCUAUUAGAAAUGAAAUGUUUUUCCUCUUCGAUCUUACGAUUUUUUCAGUGAAUCUAACUCAUACAGGCAAAACUCAUGAGCUUGGACGUGUUUCCUCCCUCUAGAAUGGAAGAAAUCCAAAGUGCAAACGAAAGGACAGCUUUACUGGACAAGGAAAAGUCAAGGAUUAAUAAUGAACUUGGCGGAAGUAAACCCAUUGAUGGGUUGGAAAGAACAAAUAACGCGACUUGGCCGAUCUAUUUUAUUAUCUUGACUAUUAUGCUCGAGAGAGCAGCAUAUUAUGGCAUCCUUUCUAACUUGGCGUUGUUCUUGUCUGAUGAUUUAGAGCUUUCUCAAGUUGUAACUGUAGUUAGUGUGUUCAUGUUUACUGGUAUGGCAUGGCUGAUGUGUACUGUGGGUGGUGUAGUGGGUGACUCUUAUACUGGCCGAUUCAAGGCUAUACUUGGCAGCUUCAUCAUCUAUAUUAUAGGAGCCUUGCUGCUUGAAUUAAGUGCCCGUUUUUGUGAUAAAGAUGCUAAAGUCACGAUCUGUAAGAAACUUAGUCAAAAAGGUGCAUUCAUUCUCUGCACUCUAUUUAUUAUUUCCAUCGGUGAAGGUGCUUUCAAGUCUAACAUUACAGCUUUUGGCGCUGAACAGAUUACCAGACAAGAUGACAAGACCUACAGAAUGUACUUUAACUGGUUCUACUGGGGUAUUAAUAUCGGUUGCUUCAUUGGCUAUAGUUUUCUAGCUUUCACUCAACAGUACUGUGGGUUUGUUAUUGGUUAUUACCCACCUGUAGCAUGUCUUGUUCUUGCUUGUAUUCUCUUCUUGAUUCCUAAAUCAAGGUACAAUGUCUACCCAUUAAGUGCAAAUGCCUUUAAGAAAGUCUACAACGUUAUCAAAGAGGCUAAAUCAAGAGGGAGAUCCAAUGCUGAAAGGGUGGGUUGUCCUGGUCUAGAGGAGGUAAUGCCAAUGCGCAGCUGGUUAGAUAGAGCCAUGAUCAAAUAUGGAGGAAGUUAUUUGGAUUCUGAAGUUGAAGAAGUCAAGAAACUUGGAAAAAUAGGAAUCAUGUUUAUUAUCCUUGUUCCAUAUUGGAUGAUAUAUUUUCAGAUGAACUCUACUUUCUUACUUCAAGGUCUCCACAUGAACCUACACAGCAAUGACAUAUCCAAUCAGUCAUGUCAAGAUAAAGAUAAAGCCAUUAUUCCUGCAGCUAGUCUGUCUUUAGCAGAUGUAGUUGUUGUCUUGCUAGCAAUCCCACUGAUGGAUAAGAUAGUUUAUCCAUGGCUUGACAGAAGAGGAUGGGGAAUAACAUUAUCUAAGAGGAUACUUAUUGGAUUUUUAUUCGCCACAGCUUCUAUGGUAGCAGCUGGUGUAGUGGAGCACUUUAGAAGGGGUCUUUUAGAUAAACAGAAAUUGACGCAAUGCAUAAAUAUUAAUCAUAAUUAUCCAGCAGUUGACAUGAGUAUUUUCUACCAAGUACCUCAGUAUGCUCUUAUUGGAGUAAGCGAGGUGUUUGCCAGUGUUGGAAGUCUGGAGUUUGCCUAUCAGGAGGCACCCCAAUCGAUGCAUGGUUUUGUCAUGGGAUUAUUAUACUUAGUACAGUCUGUAGCAAGUCUUCUUGGUGCAGGGCUAUACGCCUUCAGCAGUACUAAAGUUCUAAAGUGGGUAGACAAUAAAGGAAAUGCACGGUCGGCAAAUCUCGGAAAAUUGGACAAUUACUUUUAUCUAUUAGCAGCUAUUAUGUUUGUAACUUGGUUGAUAUUUGUGGUACUCUCUGUUAAGAUUGAUUUCAAAUAUCGAAAUGAAUCACUGGCCGCUGUCAGAACAAAGAGAAGGUCAAGCAACAAGCGUGGAGACUCUUUAAGUAAGAUGUAAACUGUAGUCUUAUAAUUUAUUUUUAUGAGCAUGUACAUGUACCAGCUGCAUAGUCCAGUCAGGAAUAGAAUAGUAGACAGUUAGGGAACGCAAAGCGAUUAAGGGCUGCCUCACGAGACGUCAGAACAAUACUCGGGUCUUAAAGUAACUGAGGAGAAGGUGCUGCAUGCUUUCGUAAUAAAAACUAUUCAAAUGAUAAGAUCUUCACGUGGCUUGAAUGACCACGUAAAAUGGCGGUCCCGUCUCUCCACACUUCGUGCUAAAAGUCUAUCGUGCAACACAGGCUGCGGGCAAAAUCUAAAAUAGAACGCAGUACAUCGAUGAAAAAGGUGACAAAAUUUUAAUAAAACAACGUAGAAAAUUUG